CAAGUACGAUUUGUACGCGAUCGCCGUUCACUGGAUCGCUCAUCGCGCUAUAUCAGAGUAUUUAAUUAUCCAUCGUCUACAAACUUCUUCACAUCUCGUAUCUCGUGUCUGAGAAUAUCAUUGUACCUCGUGUAUUCAAAUAUCUUGCCGUCGUCGGCUCCUAUUUUACACAACAAAUAAGGUUCCCGCGUCUACGGUCUCUAAUCAGUACAUCUAUUUCACGAAUAAAAGCAACAUCUUCACGUAUUUUUCUCGUUUCCUCUGCUCGUUCUCUGGAACAAAGAAAAGUGAGAACAAGUGGUUUAUCUCGAAAUCGUUCAACGCUGAUUAGCGAAAGCACGUAUCGUAUCUCGGCGAUCUUGCAUCGUGUCUGGGAAAAUCAUCGCUAUCUUUCACAUUGUCCACAUCUUGAGCAAUCACCGAUACAGAGGCAAUAGGAUUUCGAACGAGGUCGUGUAUUGUGCCGACGACCAUCGUCUGGAAGAAGUACGGGAUCAAUUAUUGCGAAACAUCUGUGUGGCAGCUCGCGCUAAUUCGAGAUAGCGUAAGACGAUUUUGCAUGGGCAUCGUCACUUGCUUGACAAGAACGAAAGCGCGGUAUCGAUAACUCCACGAGACUGGCAUCUUUAAAGUCGACCCAAGUAUACGAUCUAGCAUCUCGAUGGUGGAGUGUACUAAUGUUAUAUAAUAGCAUGCAGUUCGCAUAUCGCUACACGUGGAAUCGAGAGAUCAUCGUCAACUCCCAGAAGCUCGUGAAAAGACGUUGAUUGUUAAAUCCGUCACCAUUGCAUGCGGAAGGCCCACACGCCUUCUUCUUAUUUGUACGAACUGUCACAAGCUACCCAAGGAACGAUCAUUGGCAUCAUCGACCUUUCCCAAAAUUACGCUAGAUACGUUAUACUCCAAAUCCAGCAAUCUUCCUCCUCCUCAACAAGGAAAACACCAAGUCAGGCGCGAUUACUAUGGCUUUAUGUUACAGUGAACCCUUCUCAGAUUGGCUGGAGGAAAAAACAGACCUGCCCAUAUUCGAACAAUUUCCUGUUCUCGAGAACGACCCAAAUAAAACGAUCUAUCCGACUAACGUUAAAGCGCAACAGGAGCAACACGAUAACACGCAGACUCUUUUGCAAGAGUUCGAAACAGUUUUGGAAAAUGUCGAGGCUUGCCAGAUCGUUCCGCCUUGCAAUCAGAUCGUUCCACCGACUUGCUCUACGCUCACUCCUCCGCAAUCACCCCCUCAUGAAGUGAUUAACGUAGAUACGCAGCUGCUGAUCACUUUGCAGCCCGUACAGCAACCCUUGUUCGCUGACGAUCAUUCGAUAUACAAUAUCGUUCCAGCGGAAGAAUCGCUAUACGUAAAUGACUCAACUCGUGAGUGGAGCGCUGAAGACAUAUCAUUGAGUCCACUCAGUGGGGAUGUUGCGAACGAAUUAGCAGUGGUAGACGAAUACGUUCGUUCGCACACUAAGGAUAUACCAUCACCGUCAAGUCCAUGCACUAGCUCUGGUGGUAGUUGCAUUUCUACUGAAGAUUCCGUUGACGAUCCCGAUUGGAGUUACGAAUCCGAAAGAAAAAGUCUGAAACAAUCAGUUCACGAUUCUUCGAAACAUCGUCAUAAACCCUAUUCUCGACCGUCUCUUGAGGACAAAAAAGUGCGAAAGAAAGAGCAGAAUAAGAACGCGGCUACGCGUUACAGACAGAAGAAAAAACAGGAGAUCAAAGAAAUACAAGGCGAAGAACGCGAACUCGCGGAUUACAACGAGAAAUUGAAAAAUGAUGUGAAAGAUCUGCAGCGAGAGAUAGGAUAUCUGAAGGGAUUGAUGAGAGAUUUGUUUAAGGCGAAGGGUCUCCUUAAGUAAUCCAUUUGUCAACAAUCUCAAUCUAUUGUCAUUUGUAUAUUUUACUUAUUAUUAGAUAUAUAUUAAUUUUACUUAGAUUUUUAUAUAUUUUUUGGCACUAACUCUAUUUUACAAUUGUACUAAUAUUAACGGUGACUACCGUUUUAUAUAUUAUUUGUUUGCAAUUUUCUUAUUUCUUAACAUCUAUAUUUGUUAUAUAAUAUAUACAUUUUACGUGCAUACAAUUUAUAUACAUAACCGCAGCGUUUUAGAAAAUAUAGAUUUAUCAUUAAAAUAAAAUGUAUUUCGAUCUAGUAAAGAAUGGUCCAUCAACAUCGGCAAACGCGGUGUGUUAGAUAACACGUGUAAAUUGUCGGAAUAUGCGAUUUAGCUUUAACAAGGGGAAACCUGCUGUCUGUACACAUUCUACAAGUUAUCUAACAUAUCUCAUUCUCUGAUGCGAAUCUUUCCAUUCCGAUUAAUUUUUAUCCUUUAUUUCAUAAUACUUUCAUAUGGCAAAUUAUGUAGUAAAUAAUAAAUGGGUUCUACAAAA